CGGCAAUGUAUCCCUCACCCUGCUCCUCCAUCGUUCCUCGCUGCCUCCAGCGCUUUUCUGCCGCCGCCGCCGUCGUCGUCGCUGCUGCUGCUGCUGCAUCUGACACCUCCACCGCCGACCCUGUCGCCGUCGCGGUCGCCGCCAUCGCUGCUGCAUCUGCUGCUGUUCUUGCUGCUCCCGUCGCCACGAUGCCCUGCUGCGUCACCUGCGGGGCUCGCAUGGAGUACCUCUUUCGCGAGCACGGCGCCGGGCCUGUGCAGAUCCGGCAGAUCGUCUGCUCGAAAUGCAACCAGCCCGGGGACCCGUACUAUGAACGCCCGUUUGCCCUGGCGGCCAUCGACUUCAUUCUUCAUCGGCCUCAGGCGCACCGGCACAUUCACUUCAAUCGCAUAGGCCUGGGACCCGCUUGUCAUCGAGACGCUCGUUCUCUCGGCAUACUGACCAUUGUCAUUGAUCUUCUCAGCCGGUGGCUGUCGAUACUCCCGCCAAGCGCCCUCUCGCCCUUGGUGCUGGAGCCAUCGGCCCAGCUGGCCGCCUUCCACGCAUACACAUCCAUCCUGGCCCUGCCUGCUCCGACGGUGCUCCUUUUGGUGGUGCAGUAUUUCUUCGAACUCGGUGUCUUUUUUCACGCCCUGCGUCUUGCGCUUCCUCGGCUGCCAGGCGCCCGGACAGACGUCAGCUCGACACACCUUGUGCAAACCCUAUGUAUUGCCAGCUUCGCACGGAUGGUCCCGCUGAUACUGAUGCGCAUUUGGUUCAACGAGGCGGACCUUGCCUCGACCAGCUGGCUGGCAUACGUUUAUGCGGUCAGUUGUGUUGGUCUCUCGCUCUCGGUGGUUUACCGGACGGGCUAUUGGGCAGCAGUCGGGUGUGUCGGGCUCGGGUUAGCGGCCCGCGUGAUUGUACAGUUUGCAUUUGGUCACGUGGCGGGUUCUCCGAUUUGGUAUCUGCUCUGAAAAUAGACCCUUUCCUUUC